UAAAAAUUAUGUUCCUUUGAAGGUGAACACACGGACUUUUACCUCCAAGACAUGCCAAGAUACCGAAGAGGAUCUCGAGGCUAUAAGGAAUUCGCACACACGGGGUUAACCAGCGCGCACGGGAUAUUCGGUGGGAAAUGGUGGAGGACAGCGCAGCCCGGUCGAGAGGCGGCCACCGUGUCGUCAGCAACCACAGAUGCUCCGUUUCAAAGAAGAAACUGGAAGAUGGUUGCAUGGCUGCUUGUGUCUCUGCUGCCCCUAGUGGUGGGAAACAGGCCUGGCUUUAGGGAAGAUCCCCAGAAUGCAGUGGGUUUAGUCAGUGCCAUGCUGUCAGAGCAGCCUUUUGACACGCUGCCCCAGGAAGAGGAGGAGAUAGGAGAUGGAGACAGCCACUCACCAUGGCAUGGCCUAUUUGAACCUUCUGUUCCCGUGGAGGAGGAGCGGCCGGCACGGUGGGAGCGCUCAGCACGUUCCUCCGAGGCCUCCGACGCCCAGGCCAAGGGCUCGCGCAGGAAGAAAAAGAAGAAGAAGAAAGAGAAGUCAGGCGAGAGGCCAGGCCAGAGCGUGCGGGACUGCCGGCUGGAGAGGCGGGAGAUGCGUGUGCGUGACCUAGGCAUGGGCUAUGAUUCAGAUGAGAUCGUACUCUUCAAGUUCUGCGUGGGCUCGUGCCAGGGCUCGCGGGGCAACUACGAUGCGGCGCUGCGCUCCCUGCUGGCCAACGGCAGCCUGCCUAAGCGCACAGCCCGCAAGGUCAGUGGCCACCCCUGCUGCCGGCCCACAAGCUACGAGUCCGUCUCUUUCAUGGACACCACCACCACGUGGAGGACCAUCGAGUCGGUCUCGGCCGCCAACUGCGAGUGUGUGGGUUGAGCCAGGCCUGGGAGGAGCUUAGGAGGAGCUGUUGCUCCACCCCAAACCUCAAUGCUGAGGAACAUG